ACAGUCACCUCACUUCCUUUGCCACUGCAGGUGCUGAAAGGAAGGGCAGCCUCUUCAUCAGCUGAUCAAGCUUCCAGAGAGACAAAGAGACGACCUCGCCAGCUCAGCAACCAGACAUGGCUCCGUGGGGUGAUGCCAAGCUCUUCUUCUGCAUCCUUUUUAUCGCCUGCUGCUGCACUGUGACUUUGGCUCAGGUACCCAUGGACUGCUGCUUGUCGGUCAGAAACCAAACAAUUUCACAACGCCUUGUUGCAAACUACCAUCGACAGGCCAGCGGACAGGGCUGCACUCUCGCUGCCACCAUCUUGGUGACCAGGAAUGACUUCAAACUCUGCGUGCCUGCUGGUGAACCGUGGGUCCUCAACGUGAUGAAGCACGUGGAUUCUCUGAGGAAACACUGCAAGGAAGCCAAAUACAAGGGCAAGCGCUGCACUGGAGUGAAGCCUGAGUGAACUGCGAGCUGCCAGUGACCCCUUCAGCGACGACAACAGGGUGGACCACUGCGAGCCAGGGGGGAGGAGUGGUGGAUCCUACCAAGAAAGAGAUAUAUACAAAUAUUAUGAGGAUCAUGAUGAUGAUUCCUCUUGUUGUCAUUUUCUAUUCUUUUUUUCUAAAUCAUGGCAAUCAAUGCAAAUAAAAUAUUUUGAAGGAUUUUUAUAUUUCGUUGUAUUUCUGUUUAAGAAGAUAUAGAACUGGGGUGGAAUGAUCAAAGUGUAAAAUGUGAAUUGAUGUAGGAGUAUGUAGCCAGUUAAGCUAACUCUGAACUUCUCAGGCCGCACGUUUUCUUGUUGUUGUUGUUGUUGUUGUAUGGAUUUAUUUGGAAUAUUCCAAAAUAAAAGUUGUGUUUUUUGGCAUCUUGA